AGUUCUAGAUGACAAACUAGAUGACCAUGGCAAGCCAGUUUCUCUCCUUAGAUGAUAUUAAAUAUGCUGUACAUCCUAAUUCUUUUUACAGAGUAGGUCAUAUGAGACUCAAGUCAUGAUCUUUGACCUUGACCAACAGUCUUAACAAAAAUAUGCCUAACAUUUUGACCUGGCCUGAGUCAGGAAUUUGCCUCUUUCAAUACAGGAAUAUUACAUCAUCAUCAGUAUAACACAAGUACGCUGAAAAAUGUUGUAUGCUUUUAUAUCCUAAUGCCCUGAUUUGCGUAAGGCCAUGUUCGUCUGCCUAAAUACCACAGGUAUUGCAAUUUUUAGUGCAAUUAUACUAGCUGCCAAAGUUUUUGGACUAAAGUUAAAGUACUAAUUACUAUAAGGCACUUGAUCGUGUAAAGGAACGUCACCUGAAAGUACAACCAGCACCAGCGCUACUAACUUAAUGUUUUCCUUCUCCUGACUGGUGAUACAGUGAGAAAGACAGUGAAGAUAUUGCAAAAAAUAGAAUAGGAUAUUCAUGUAACAGAACGAACAAGGUGUACAAUACUACAAUGUAAGAUAAGUAAUCUACAAAGAAUCUCCAGAAACAUGUGGUAGAGUUUAAGUCUGUCUUGCUUGAUGGCAUCCCAGUGACUGUUGUGGAGCAGCAUUAGUUUGUCUGUUCAAUUUAGACCUCCUUCUUCCUGCUCGUUAGGUCAAUUUAAGUUGUAGAUUUAUGUGUAGUGUAUAAGAUGACUUGCUGUUUUCAAAGACUGUGGACCACUAAGGUUGACUGAGCUUACAUUGUCUGUUUGGACUCUUUACUACACAUUCACACAUUCUCAUAAUAAUUAUUCCCUACUUGCACAUUCUCAUAGAUGAUCAUUAACCAAAGCAAUCAGCAGCAUACAAUGUGACAGAAGCUCACUUUCAAACUAACAACUUACAUGAGUUGUGUUUCUGAUAAAUUCUACUUUUCUCCAUCAAGAACAUAUUUCCUAUUAUUAUUUUUCUUUUGCUUUUUUGAACAUGAAGUUUGUUGAUAUACUAGAAGAGGUGAAUGGCUUUGGGAGGUUCCAACUGAGGAUGAUCUUCUUGAUGGUAAUUCCUCGCUUGACUUUGCCUUUUCACUUUCUGCUAAAUAAUUUCAUUGUGGCUGUUCCCUCUCACCACUGUGACAUCAGCUCUCUGGAUGAUGGAGGUGUUUUUGGGAAUUUAUCCCAGGCAGAGAGGCUUAUUGUUAGUAUUCCAGUCCAGGAGGAUGGGACUCCAGACUCCUGCCAGAUGUUUGUAAAGCCUCAGUUUCAUCUGCUACUCAACUCCUCCAACAUCACUGACUUACCCACCGUGUCGUGUCAGAACGGAUGGACGUACGAUAACACCACCUUCAAGUCCACUCUGGCAACAGAGUGGGAUCUGGUUUGUGACAAGAAAAGACUGAACAGAGCCACGGCCACUAUUUUCUUCACAGGGGUCAUGUUUGGAGCAGCAGUAUUUGGUUAUCUCAGUGACAGGUUUGGCAGGAAAAGCACGAUUCUGGUCUCCUACAUAUUAACCACCAUCUUUGGAUUUGCAAGUGCUUUCUCAUAUCAUCUUGCCACGUUUGCUGUCAUGAGGUUCCUCACUGGAUUUGGAAUUUCGGGAGUCAACAUAAUCGCCAUGGUUCUUUGUCUUGAAUGGGUGGACGUCAAGCAUCGCACUGCGGUUGGAAUCUUAUUGACCCUGGACUGGACUGUUUGUGCUACCCUGCUACCUGCUGUGGCGUAUUUUGUGAAUGACUGGAGGUAUCUCACUGUUGCAGCAACUACCCCGCUGUUUCUGGCAAUGUUCUCUUGGUGGUGGGUACCUGAGUCUGCCCGAUGGUUGAUAAAUGACGGACAGAUGGACAGGGCUCAUUUUUACCUACACAAGUGUGCAAAGGUGAACCACAGAGAGCAGUUCAUGGCUGACCUAAAUCCUGAGCUCCUGCCCAAAGAAAUACAAUUAGAAAAUGAAAACAGAAAAUAUUCCUAUUUGGACCUUGUGAAGACCCCCAGAAUGAGAACACUCACUCUGCUUACUGGCAUUUUGUGGUUCGGGGUAUCUUGUACGUAUUAUGGAAUCAGCUUAAACGUUGCUGACUUUGGCCGAAGGUUGAAUGAAGCUGGAACAGUCAUUCUGACUGGACUGUGUAUAUUCUGCAACAUGUUUAUCCCUCAAGAUAUGAUGCUCGUUCGGACAGCUGUGGGAAGUUUGGGAAAAAUGUUUUCAGAGGCGUCAUUUGUAAUUGUGGUUCUGUACACAUCAGAGCUUUACCCUACAGUAAUGAGGCAAAGCGGAUUGGGUUACUGCUCCUUCAUGGCCCUGAUAGGUGUGUCUGUAUCCCCUCUGAUCAUGGUUCUUGAAGAAGUGUGGCUCCCCCUACCAAGUCUUGCUUUUUCACUGCUGGCUUUUGCUGCAGGACUCUCAGCCUGUUCACUCUCAGAGACUCAAAAUGCUUGCCUACCAGAAACCAUUGAAGACGUGGAGCAGACAAGGAUGAUGAGCAUGGACAUUUGAUGAUACAUCUUCUACUUAAUUGUUUUCUCCAUGGCAACAAAUAUCCCAAUAUGAUGCUGGAUAAUAUGAUGUUAAUAUGUGAAAAUAAAACUCUAACCACUCUGUGUAUAAAUGCAUAUUUUUUAAAUAUACUGUUUAAAACAAGUAUGAUCUUAUUGGUUAAAAAUACCAGCAAUUCCUGGCACUUUCUGUGUUGUAAUGCAAUAAAAAGAUGACACUUUGUAAAGCAAUUCAGUAAAAUGAUGACUCAUUUCACAUGUUGAGGAUCCUGCUUUAAUUUUUACCACAAAUUCAUACUGUUCCACCGUCACAAAGACAAAGUUAUUUUAGUGGUUAAGUGAGGUAAAAUAUUAACCAAUUUCAACUCUAAUACAGAAACCCUGAAAAGGCAAAGGUU